UCGCUCCCGGCGCGGCGGCACAGACCGAACGGGAUUCCUUCCUCCGAAUCUCGACACAAAAUUCCCCCAACCGCACGGUGCCCGCCCGUCCCACCCGGCGGCGGAGAUGACGCAGGACCUGGAGAUGGCGGCGCGCCACGGGGGCAACGGCGCGGCCGACGGGCGGUACUACCCCCAGCCGCGGGCCGGCGCCGGCGGCGAGGAGCUUGACGACGACGGCAGGAAGAAGCGCACAGGAACGGUAUGGACAGCGAGCGCACACAUCAUCACGGCGGUCAUCGGCUCUGGCGUGCUGUCCCUUGCCUGGUCGACAGCACAGCUUGGCUGGGUUGUUGGACCGGUGACCCUGAUGAUCUUUGCCUUCAUCACGUACUACACCUCCAGCCUCCUCGCCGACUGCUACAGGAGCGGCAACCAGGCCACCGGGAAGAGGAACUACACCUACAUGGAUGCCGUCGCUGCAUAUCUGGGUCGAUGGCAAGUCUGGUCCUGCGGUAUUUUCCAGUAUGUCAACUUAGUUGGAACUGCCGUUGGGUACACCAUUACAGCGUCCAUCAGUGCGGCGGCUGUGCACAAGGCCAACUGUUUUCACAAGAAGGGCCACGCGGCAGACUGCAGCCAAUACGACACCGUGUACAUGGUUGUCUUUGGGAUUGUGCAGAUCUUCUUCUCCCAGGUCCCAAACUUCAGCGACUUAUCAUGGCUGUCCAUCCUCGCCGCUAUCAUGUCCUUCUCCUACUCGUCCAUUGCUGUCGGCCUCUCGUUGGCGCGGACCAUUUCAGGCAGUACUGGUAAGACUACUCUGACUGGCACUGAGGUCGGAGUAGACGUUGAUUCAGCCCAGAAGAUCUGGAUGGCACUCCAAGCUCUCGGCAACAUUGCGUUCGCGUACUCCUACUCUAUGAUUCUCAUAGAAAUCCAGGACACAGUGAAGUCCCCUCCGGCCGAGAACAAGACAAUGAAGAAAGCGACUCUGCUGGGCGUGUCGACCACCACGGCGUUCUACAUGCUCGCAGGCUGCCUUGGCUAUGCUGCAUUUGGGAACGCCGCACCGGGCAACAUCAUGACUGGGUUCGGCUUCUACGAGCCCUACUGGCUGAUUGACUUCGCCAACGUCUGCAUCGUGGUGCACCUGGUGGGCGCCUACCAGGUGUUCUCCCAGCCCAUCUUUGCUGCUGUCGAGACGGAGCUCGCCGCGCGCUGGCCAAACUCCAAGUUCGUCACCGGCGAGCACCCCCUCGUGGCCGGCAGGUUUAACGUCAACAUGCUCAGGCUGACGUGGCGGACGGUGUUCGUGGUGGUGAGCACGGUGCUCGCCAUCGUGAUGCCCUUCUUCAACGACAUCCUGGGCUUCCUCGGCGCCAUCGGGUUCUGGCCGCUCACCGUGUACUACCCGGUGGAGAUGUACAUCCGGCAGCGGCGGAUACAGAAGUUCAGCACCAGGUGGCUGGCGCUGGAGACGCUCAGCUUCCUGUGCUUCCUGGUGUCGCUCGCCUCGGCGGUCGCCUCCAUCGAGGGCGUCACCGAGUCGCUCAAGCACUACGUCCCCUUCAAGACCAAAUCAUGAUGCAUGAUUGAGCUUCUCUGUGUCACUAAAGGGUUAGAAAUUGUGUAGGACCAUGCGAUGCUCGCUCAAAGCAUCCCUAGGGCCUAGAUGUGUUCCGGGGAGAGUUAUCUUCCGUUCUGUGGCUCAAAAAUCCGGGGAGAGGUUUCGAUGGCGUCUUGGAAUUGUUCAUUGUACAAAAGCCUGGGUUGAUAUAAGAAUUUAAGAGGUAGCCAGCCUUGUUCAACCUGAAAAGAAUCAAAAGGCAAUGCAAUCAAUGCGAAUUGUCCAGCCGUGCAAUUAGGUGCCGGGCAGUUA